ACUUUCAAGGCAAGAACUCACUACAAAGGGGGCACACACAUAUAAGCAAGAGGCAGCAGCCACUUCUUCCAUUCCAGAAUAGUUUCAAAUGCCUCAAUCACUUGCAUUCGAAGCAGAUGCCUUGUCCCCCAAACGGAUGCUCAGUUUUCCCAGUGAUUUCUCUUUGAAAGAAGAUGUAGAGCUCUUAAAUCCCAAAGAAGCAGUCAUUAACCCCCCGCCAGCUACUCCAACUCCGACCAUCGUCCAGAAGGUCAUUACAGAGCUGAUGGGAACUUACAUUUUCGUGUUCGUGGGGUGCGCCUCGGCCCUUGCCCACAGAGACGUCCCGCUUCCAAUUGAAGCAACAGCGAUGGUUUGGGGUCUGUCCUUCAUGGUGCUCAAGUAUACGCUCGCGCAUAUCUCGGGCGCCUUUAUGAACCCUGCAAGCUCCAUUGCCUUCGCUGUUGUCAAGAAGCUCCCAUGGAAAAACGUGCCCAUAUUUAUUGUGGCUCAGAUCACCGGUUCGAUACUAGCAUCCCUCAACCUCCGAGUAUUGUUCCACAACCAACCCGAUAUAAGGCCCGCCGUCACUCAGGUUGUCAGGCCAUAUACUCCUCUUCAAGCUGUUGCUUGGGAGUACACCAUCACUUUCAUCCUCACUAUCACCAGUUCUGGCGUCGCCACUGAUAGCAGAGCGCACAAAAUGCUCUUUGGAGUUGCGAUUGGAGCUACGGUGGUGUUCAACGUCAUCAUUGCCGGGGAUAUUUCUGGAGCCGCGAUGAACCCUGCGAGGAGUAUAGGCCCUGCCGUUGUUGCCGGCGAAUAUAAGGACCUAUGGGUCUAUAUCGUAGGCCCUCUCCUUGGAGCCACAACUGCAACCUUGGUAUACGGUACACUCCGGUUACCGGAGCCGGAUCAGCAACCAAAGGAAAGCACCAAAGUCAUAUUCAAUAAUCUUUAUACUGAACCGAACCCAUCUUAUCAAUAUCCCUCUUAUCAACAAGCCUCUCAUAUUGAGAAAUUUAGAAAAGUUCUGAAUGUUUAGCCUGACGCCUCGUUGUGUACCAGCCAAAAACUUGAGAGAGAGAGAGAGAGAGAGAGAGAGAGAGAGAGAGAGAGAGCAAGGCUCAACUUUUAGUAGAUAAAACCAUGCCUCUUUGUAUAUCAGCCCAAACAUCUAUUAAAACCAUAUGCCUGAGAUCACCACUCCAUAAACUACUUUUAUACCCUUGCUUUUUAAAAACAAGUUACGUUUAAUGGGAUAUGGAGUAUCAUGAUUCGCGGAU